GAAACAUUCUGCUUUAAGCGUUAUGGUUCACAUAUAACUUAAGGUCUGGGUGGUAGAGCUCCUUCAGGCAGACCAUCUCAGUAAAUCGAGUUCAAGAAACCGCGGUCAACAUGAGGGCGUGAGCUUCAGAAGGUGGAUAUUAAGGCUCAUUUUGUUCUUACCAGCUGGGCAAAGAUGCGGACUGCAACGGCGCUGCAACUCACGGUGUCUCUGGCGCUGCUCACCCUUGGCAGAUCAGACUUUGCGCCUCCUUUAAUCAAUAUUUCAUUGGACGAACCACCAGAGGAUAGGUGGCUGCCGCUGCGAAACCAUUUUAACGACACUGAUUAUCAGUCUUUGAUAUCCAACAUCAUCGAUACUACAGUACCAAAGUUUGUUCACCAUGCAGUGAUCCCAAUUGCAGCUGCUUUGGAAAAGUACAUUCCACAGCCCUACGCUGGGGAAAUACUCGGACUGUCUAAAAUUUUUGAGGUUAACAUAGGGGAUGUCAUCUUACUGAACCUCGCCUAUGAAAUAACUGCGUUUUGUACCAGUAUUGUUGCACAGGACACAAAAGGGAAUCUUUACCAUGGCAGGAACUUGGAUUAUCCACAUGUUGAUAUUCUUAGAAACUUCACAGUUGACGUGCAAUUCUUAAAAAAUGGACAGGUUGCCUAUAAGGGAACAACAUUUGCUGGCUUCAUAGGCCUUUGGACUGGGCAGAGUGCUAAAAAAUUUACAGUUUCUGGAAAUGAACGUGCUCAUGGCCAUUGGUGGGAGAAUGCAAUUGCUGCCUUUUUGUUAAGAAAUUUUCCUGUCAGUUGGCUCCUGAGGCAAACUCUUGAAGAAGCUGUGGACUUUCAGGAUGCUGUGGUUAAACUUUCCAAAAUCCCUAUAAUAGCUGACGUGUACUACAUUGUGGCUGGAGUCCAUCCAAAAGAAGGGGUCGUUGUGACCAGAAACCGGGAAUCUGCUGCAGAUAUUUGGUUUAUGAAUCCCUUAGCUGGUGUGUGGUACUUAGUUGAGACAAAUUAUGACCACUGGAAAAAGCCUCCUCCACAUGAUGACAGAAGGACACCCGCCAUGAAACAGCUUAACAUCACAGGACAAAGUAACAUUAAUUUUGAUACACUUUAUCAGGCGCUGUCUGUGAAACCAACUCUGAACAGUAUCACUGUUUACACAACGACAAUGAGCGCUGCAAUGCCAGACAUGUACCAAACCCAGGUGAGAGAAGUCACAUAACACGGUGGAUUGUUGUGCAAAGGUAAAAUUGAAAAGUGAAGGCAAAUGAACUUUCAAAAGAGCCGAAGAACAAAAGAAAAAAGUUUUAAAUAACUGUUUUUCAAUGUAUCACAGAUGAUUUUAGUAUUGUAUGAUAAAACCAUAUGAUUUAGAUUUUUUUCCCAUCCUAUUAUCAUUCUAUCAAUUUGCUUUUUCAGUCUUUCUUCCUUUUCGGGACAGCAGAAAAUCAGAGCUGCCAUCUCAACAGCAUUAGCGAGGACAGGCCAGCUCUAGAUCGCACAGUAGUCCGUUUCUGUCAGAUUUCUGACAUUUAUUAUGAAUUACAAAGAAUCUGCUUUCUUUCCAUAUAUUAGGCUUGCCAUUUCCUGUGAACAUGGUAAUAUGCAUAGAACAGCAAAAAGUUUUCGGCUGACAGCUGUUAAUUUGCAGAAUAACUUCAUUCGGAGAAUGUCCUGGCCACUUAGCACUUAGCAUUCUCACAAGAUUUGACACCAAAGUCAUUUUCGUAUUGUUCUAGCCUAACCACUGUCAUGCAGCAGGCUCCUGUGUAAUAUUUUUAACUAGCAGAUAGUAACAGUACAUAAUAAUUUUACAUUAAUUAAAAUAAUCUUUUUAAUUUGAACGUUGGCGGAUGAUUAUGAAAGUUAAGAUACAUUUUUACAAAGUUCCUAACUUAUUAAAAGAAAAACAAAAUCUAGUAAUGUGAAGAAUAGCGGCAGCAUUUCCAGGUUUUAUCAUUUAUCUCAGGCAAAGAGUAGAAUUUGGUAAUUCAGAACAUUCUUCAAUUUGUGCAAAACAUGCUGUAUUUCAGCUGAAAAAUGUACACCUGAUACACCUUUCCAAAUUGGAAAUAUGUAAAUACAUCAAGAUUGGACUGUGUUUGAUGUCAGGUAUCUCGACCUCGCUAAGGCAUAUGUUUUGAGACUAUCCAAAAUUAAAGCCUUUUUGGACAAGAUUUUUUUUUUAUUCAUCUGAUAAGGCAGCAUUUAUGAUCACUGCAAAUCCUCUUACAGCAGUUUUUAGUUAUUCUAGAUGAGCUUUGACUAUCUGGUGAUAAACUGACCCUUAUUUCCUACUUUACAUUGUCAGUUUACAACUUAUUAUGCUUAAUUGGAAGAAUCCUAAUGCACCUCCUUAACGCAAUGGAUAAA